CCGCGUAAUCGUGACUCUCGCGUGGUGACGUUCGUGGCGCCGAGAUUUUGUGAAAGACAGGCGGCAAGGGGCUUGCAGUUGAAAGCUUUGCUGGAAGUGUGAGUAGCGAUUUGGCAUGACUGUCCCUGCGCAUAUAUAGCCGCGCAGCCCUUGAGUUUGCCCUACAGCUCCAUUACUAUUGUUCGAGCACUAUGUCGCAGCAGAGGAGGAGAGGUCGGCCCAGUUUGCUGCGGGACACGUCCCACCUGCAGGCAGAAGAUGUGGAUAUGGAGAACGAGUCUAUAAUGCAGACACAGUCCUUAUCGCAGGCUCAGAGAAACCUUCAGAAUCAUUCACAGGAGCAAAUUAACCUGAAGGUGGGUGAAGUAGUACAGUACCUGUUGAUAAAAGAUCAGAAGAAGCUCCCUAUAAAGCGGGCAGAUAUUGUGAGAAACGUGGUGAAGGAAUACAAGGACAUUUAUCCUGAAAUUUUUCGCCGUGCGCAGAUCGCUCUGCAACAGGUGUUUGGCUUCCAGCUGGAGGAAAUCGACACAAAGAGCCACAUCUACAUCCUUACCAACAAGCUGCAGCGGGUACAAGGAGACGGCAUGAGAGUGGAUGAGAACACAUCCAAGCUGGGUCUGCUUAUGGUUAUACUGAGUCUCAUCUUCAUGAAGGGCAAUACGGCUAAAGAGUCUGCAGUUUGGGAAAUGCUAAGGCGCCUGCGUAUUGAGCCAGCAGAGAAGCACUCUGACUUUGGGGAUGUGAAGAAGCUCAUCACAGAGGAAUUUGUGAAGCAGAAAUAUUUAGAAUACAGCAAAGUCCUGCACACGGAUCCUGUAGAGUAUGAAUUCCGCUGGGGUCAGAGAGCUUUUAAAGAAACCUCCAAAAUGCAAGUGCUGGAAUUCGUCUCCAAGAUUCAGCAGAAAGACCCCAAAUCGUGGACAACCCAGUACAAAGAUGCUCAGGAACAGACACAGGUGGCUGCACGCUGAAACAAUAGUGAAUAAUUCUUCUUGCACAGGAUGUGCAAUAUGGCAGGAAGGAGCGAGAGUCUGUUCUUCAGAAACUAAGGACUUAAUAAUAAAUCAACAUCCCCGAACAUCAUUUCAUGGGCUGUUUUUAUUUCAAGUGGUUACACAUCUCCAGGAGAUUUGGACUUUGUUCUGCAACACUGAUGUCUUAAAGUGACAGUUAAACUUGAACGUUCUGUUCACAAUAACUGCUGGUUCAGCUAAAAUGCCAUAUGCUUGCUGUUGCUUUUCCAAGCACUGCAGGGAGUCUCAGCUCAGACUACUUAUUGUCAGGAAGAGAAGUUCAUUUUCAUGUUUUAAUAAAAUACUAUUUCUUUGCAAAAA